UCACAUGACCGGGGAGGGCUCGAGACGGGAUUUUCGCACGGUACGGAGUUUACGGAUUUCGACGAGAAGCUCGCGCUGCGGAGACGCUCCGAAAUGAGUUUCCUCGGGAGUUUGUUUGGUCCUGUGUGUGAAAUUGACAUAGUGCUGAAUGAUGCCGAAACCAGAAAGACGGCCGAGCUCAAGACCGAAGAUGGCAAAGUUGAGAAGCACUUCUUAUUCUAUGAUGGAGAGUCUGUUUCCGGGAAGGUGAACCUCACCGUGAAGCAGACUGGUAAGAGACUGGAACACCAGGGCAUCCGAAUCGAGUUCGUUGGACAAAUCGAACUCUUCAGUGACAAGAGCAACACGCAUGAGUUCGUGAACCUCGUCAAGGAGCUGGCACUGCCCGGAGAACUGACACAGAGCCGCAGCUACGACUUUGAGUUCAUGCAGGUGGAAAAGCCCUACGAGUCCUACGUUGGGGCCAACGUCCGCCUGAGAUAUUUCCUGAAAGUGACAAUAGUAAGAAGACUGUCGGACUUGGUGAAAGAGUAUGACCUCAUUGUUCAUCAGCUGGCCACGUACCCUGAAGUGAACAACUCCAUCAAAAUGGAAGUGGGCAUUGAGGAUUGUCUGCACAUAGAGUUUGAGUACAACAAGUCCAAAUACCAUCUGAAAGAUGUCAUUGUGGGAAAAAUCUACUUCUUGUUGGUGAGAAUCAAAAUCCAGCACAUGGAACUGCAGUUGAUCAGGAAGGAGAUCACUGGAAUCGGACCUAGCACAACUACUGAGACAGAGACUGUUGCAAAAUAUGAGAUUAUGGAUGGAGCUCCAGUAAAAGGGGAGUCCAUUCCCAUCCGGCUCUUCUUGGCGGGAUAUGACCUCACAGCUACCAUGAGAGACGUUAACAAGAAGUUCUCUGUGCGGUACUUCCUCAACCUUGUGCUGGUGGAUGAGGAGGAUAGAAGAUAUUUCAAACAGCAGGAAAUUGUUUUGUGGAGAAAGGCCCCAGAGAAACUAAGAAAACGCAACUUCCACCAGCGCUACGAGUCCCCAGAGGCUCGACCGACACUGUCCGCUGAGCAACCAGAAAUGUGAAUGACCUGGGAGCGGGAGGGGCCAGCAAUAGGGGAGCCUGAAGGGGAGGGGCAAGCUGAGGAUCGGUGAUUCAGCAGAUCAGUGUGUCGGAAAGGGGAGGGUGGUGGGGUUGGUAAGGAGAGAAAGAGGCCAAAAAGCGAGCACAUCCCACAAUUUCCACGGUUGUCUUUUCCGUCCCAUUCUGCUGCGUUUGGUUUGCCAGCAACACGGAGCACCAUGUCUCAAUCUCUGAAAAGCCGUGUAUAAAUGGGG